UCCCUCUCUCUCCUUCUCUCUACCUCCCGCCGAGAUCGAGUCGCGACUGUGGCUAUCUGGUGUACGACAGACAGCCACCGCUUCCUCCCGCGAGCCCAAGAUGGUGGCCUUCCGCUACUCCGUUCUCGCAGCUCUUGCGCUGCGCGUUGUGUCCGUGUUCGCCCAGGCUGAUACUGCUCCUGCUUCCGACGAUGUCCCCGGCACCAGCCCGCUCGAGCCGGAGCUCAAGGCCGACUUCGCCGUCAGCUUCGCCGAGGCCGACAUCUUCGGCGUCAAGCUGGUCAACGGCCGCCCGACCCGCGCCUCCAUCGACGUGACGAACUACGAGGACCAGCCGAUCCGCGUCGCCUUCGUCGGCGGCCAGCUGCUGGACCCCGAGAGCCUCGGCAAGGACGUGGCCGCCGACUUCGGCAAGGCCGUCGUCCGCAACCUGACCACGAUCCAGUUCGAGACCUCGGUCGCCGCCGGCGAGACCAAGUCGCUGCCCUACUCCUUCGUCCUCGACAUGCAGCCCCAGGAGCUCCGCCUCCAGCUCGUCGCCGUCGUCACCAACGCCGCCAACCGCCUCUUCCAGGUCGGCAUCUACGACCAGACCGUCAACGUCGUCGAGGCCCCUACCAGCAUCUUCGACCCCCAGAUCCUCUUCCUCUACCUGUUCCUGACCGCGGCCUUCGGGGGCACGUGCUACUUCGUGUACAAGACGUACGUGGAGGCGCUGCUGCCGCAGACUAAGGGCAGGCGGGGCGGCGCCAGGAAGGGCGGCAGCGCCGGCGCCGCGGCCGACAAGGAGAAGGACAAGAAGGACAAGGAGCCGCUGUCGGGCGGCGAGGGCUCGUCCUCCAACGACAAGGGCUACGACGAGAGCUGGAUCCCCCAGGACCACAUCAUCCGCCCCACCGCCCGCCGCGUCAAGAGCGGCGCCACCGGCAAGGCCAAGGCUAAGCUCGCCGAGUAAGGAGAGGUGCGGGACGUUGGUGUGUGGCGGGCGGGUGCGCGCGUGGCGAGCGGAGCGGCUCGCAUGUCGACCCGCCGACGGCAAACGGAUCCGGCCGUCGAUCUCGUCUCCUGUCCCAGAGGGAACAGUAUAGCAGAAUGUAUACGCGUGUGUAGGGUACGUAUGUACGUAUAGAUAUAUGUAUGCGUGCGCCGGUCGAGGCGGGAGCCAGACCGGAACGGAACGGACACGGGAGGGCGAACCGGCG